AUGAGCCGCAACUUUUCCGCCGCCGCCGCCGCCGCCUUUUCCUUUUGGGCUUUGCUUGUGCUGUUCAGGGAAGCCGCGCCCAAAGCCCUGUCCUCCCUGAAUCUUACCGACGGUGGACAUGAUGCUAUGCUAGGAGCAUGGCCUUGGCAAAUUAGUCUUCAGGUUUAUGCAAUUGGUGUAGGAUAUGUCCAUGUAUGUGGUGGAUCUUUAAUUAAUACAAUCAUAGUGUUGACAGCAGCCCACUGCAUUAAAAUAUCAGAGAACCCAGCCCUUUGGAGGGUUGUACUUGGCUUGCAUAAUCUUAAUGAUAAUUCUCAUACAAUAAAACGUCGGAUUAAAGCUAUCAAUAUACAUCCUAAUUAUAUGGCAGACACAUAUGACAAUGAUAUUGCCUUGAUAACACUAGUCAGAUCUAUCAGAUUCAGUGAUUAUGCUCGUCCAAUCUGCUUACCUGUCACAAAUCUUUUGACAAAUCGACAGUAUCCAUGUUACAUAUCUGGAUGGGGUAAAACAAAGGAAAAAGGUGAAAACAACUUAAUAUUACAAGAAGCUCAAGUAGAUAUGAUUCCACAGAAUUUGUGUAAUAAACCCAGCUGGUAUGCUGGAACAAUUACAUUGAAUAUGUUCUGUGCUGGCUUUCCAGCUGGAGGUAUUGAUAGCUGCCAGGGAGACAGUGGUGGUCCUCUGACAUGCUACCUUCCAACCACUACAAAGUUUUAUUUGAUAGGAAUUACCAGCUUUGGCUAUGGCUGUGGUCGCCCAAGACAUCCAGGAGUUUAUGUUAAGACAAUUAAUUAUAUAAGUUGGAUAAACAAUUAUUUACAGAGUAAAAUUGUAACUGUGGAACUUCAUUGCCUCCUGAUCUUUUUAAUGGUGUGGUGGACAGUCUUCCAUAUUCUGUAA